UUUCAACGAAAGGAACUCAAAUGCAGUAAAAUGUCCAACAACCGGAACGCCGUUCCGGUGCGCUCCGGCUACAGCUCACCCCUGCUUGAAACUCAACAGUUUCAGACACAAUACAAAACGAAUACAAUGGUUCGCCUUUUUGGGGCUUUACUCAUUUUAGGGUUUGCUAGCUUGGUGUACUGUCAAUUGUGCAAAUGUCGGCCGACUAUUAUUGAUUGGUACUCUCCGUGUGAAGGGGAGAAGGAAUGCAUGCGGUAUCUUUGUGAUGUGAUCAGAAAGGAUCCAACAGGGAGGGAAAUAAGGGUACCAGCUACUUGUUGCCUUCCCAGUUCAGAACCUGAGAGAUGUGGCGAAUCCUGCAAAUGCAGAAAUAGGAUCGUGUAUCACGAAUACGAGGGCAAUCACUAUGAAGUGCCACAAUGUGGGUGUUCUAAAGAAUAUUGAUCCAAGGACAUUUGAACGGACAAAUGUAUUCGUUUGAAUUGAAAGUCAAUGAAUACAAUUAAAAUAUAAAAGUG